AUGUUGAGGAAGCUGGUGUGCCGGAGGAUCUGCGCCUGUAAGGAGAGCUCUGGUGCCGGUGCUGUCGAUGAAGAAGACUUCAUCCGUGCCUUUAAAGAUGUGCCCGCUGUACAGAUUUACUCGGCUCGAGAGCUUGAGGACUCCAUGAACAAGAUCCGAGAAAUUCUCUCUGAUGACAAACACGAUUGGGAACAGCGAGUGGCUGCACUAAAGAAGGUUCGUUCUCUGUUGUUGGUCGGCGCGAGCGACUACGAUGGUUUUUCGCAGCAGUUACGGCAGCUGGAGGGGCCGCUCAAACUGUCGGCCAAAGAUCUGCGCUCACAGGUGGUGCGUGAGGCCUGUAUCACACUCGGGCACCUGUCGUCUGUGUUGGGCAAUAAAUUUGAUCAUGGAGCCGAGAACAUCAUGCCAACGUUGCUGAACCUCGUCCCCAACAGUGCUAAAGUUAUGGCCACAUCCGGAAUGGCGGCGAUCCGUCUCAUUAUACGGCACACUCACUAUCCACGGCUGAUUCCCAUCAUGACCACCAACUGCGCGUCUAAAUCAGUGGCCGUCAGACGACGCUGUUAUGAGUUUUUAGAUCUUCUGCUUCAGGAGUGGCAGACGAAUUCUCUAGAGAGGCACGUCACCGUCCUGAUGGAAACCAUUAAGAAAGGAGUUCACGAUGCUGACUCUGAGGCCAAAUCAGUCGCUAGAAAAUGUUACUGGGGUUUCCACGCCCACUUCCGUAAGGAGGCGGAGCAUCUGUUUCAGGCGCUGGAACUGACCAAUCAGAAGGCGCUGCAGUCUCACCUGAAGAGCUCCGACAGCAUCACGUCUCUGCCGCAGUCCGACCGCUCGUCCUCCAGCUCGCAGGAGAGCCUCACUCGGCCGCUGUCUGCUAAAACACCUGCCGGGAGCAACUUGAGCAAAACUAAAGUGGUGAGUUCUCGCGUGUCCUCGUCGUCCGGCUCUCUCCAGCGCUCGCGCAGCGAUGUGGAUGUUAACGCCGCGGCCAGUGUUAAAUCACGAAUGCCGGCCGUCCCCUUCAGCUCAGCCGCGGCGCUGCCACCCGGGUCCUACGCCUCUCUGGAUGUGGCUGGUAAUGUGGAGGGUCGUGUGCGAACAAGACGACAGAGUUCAGAGAUGGCAGCUGGGGGCGGAGCUUCUGUGACAGACAGCAGGGGGCGGAGCCGAGCCAAAGCUGUGCCCCAAUCACAACGAUCCAGAUCGGCUAAUCCGGUGGGGGGUAAAACUCGCGCGGGCAGCCGCUCUAGUUCACCCGGGAAGCUCUUGACUCGUUCUUCCGGGAGAAUCCCUCGAUCCGCCGGAUCCGCUCGAGCGCCGGCAGACAGACGCAGUAAGAUCCCGCGCAGUCAAGGCUGCAGCCGAGAGACGAGCCCCAGCCGCGCACGAGACGUGCGGGCCAGUCGUAUCCCGCGGCCCAGCAUGAGUCAGGGCUGUAGUCGUGACACCAGUCGGGAGAGUAGCAGAGACACCAGUCCGGCUCGAGGGUUCAGUCCGCUGGCAUCCCACAGACACUCGCGCUCCACCAGCGCUCUGACGGCCGCUGGCGUCCUGCAGACAGAUCGGUUCGGUCUCAUCCAUCAAGCGCGGAUCUCGGCGUCUGUAAACGCCAUGCGGAUCCUGAACACGGGCACGGAGGUGGAGGCGGCCGUGGCAGACGCUCUGCUUUUAGGAGACUCCAGGAAUAAGCAAAGACCGAUGCGCCGGCGCUAUGAAUCUCCCGGCAUGUACUCGGAUGACGACGCCAACAGCGAUGCAUCCAGUGCCUGCUCCGAACGCUCCUUUAGCUCCCGUAACGGCAUCGCCCCGCAGCACCUGCGUCAGACGGAGGACAUGGCCGAGAUCCUGAACCACUGCGCCAGCUCCAACUGGUCCGAGAGGAAAGAGGGGCUGCUGGGACUCCAGAGCCUCCUGAAGAGCCAAAGAGUCCUCAGUCGCGUGGAGCUGAAGAGACUGUGUGAGAUCUUCACCCGGAUGUUUGCAGAUCCUCACAGCAAGAGAGUGUUCAGCAUGUUCCUGGAGACGCUGGUGGACUUCAUCACGUUGCACCGAGAGGAUCUUCAGGACUGGCUCUUUGUUCUGCUCACGCAGCUGUUGAAGAAAAUGGGGGCCGAUCUUCUGGGGUCCGUUCAGGCCAAAGUCCAGCAGGCCCUCGACGUCACCAGAGACUCUUUUCCUUACGAUCAGCAGUUCAACAUCCUGAUGCGGUUUAUCGUCGAUCAGACGCAGACCCCAAACCUCAAGGUGAAGGUGGCCAUCCUGAAGUACAUCGAAUCUUUGGCCAGACAGAUGGAUCCGUCAGACUUCGUGAACUCCAGCGAGACGCGGUUAGCCGUCUCUCGAAUCAUUACGUGGACCACAGAACCGAAGAGUUCGGAUGUCAGGAAGAUUCAGCAUGACGUCUGCCCCUCACUAAGACCCAUUGGGAUGCAUAUCAAACUCGCUGCUCAGAUGGUUUUGAUCGCCCUGUUUGAGCUGAACACCCCAGAGUUCACCAUGCUGUUAGGCGCUCUGCCCAAAACCUUCCAGGACGGAGCCACUAAACUCCUGCACAACCAUCUGAAGAGCAGCUGUAGCGUGGCUGCUGCAGUGUCUCAGGCAUCUCCCAGCAGCAGCAGCAGUUUGGGACGCACCCCUCCACGACACCCCGUGACCCGCAGCAGUCCCCUGACCUCACCCACCAACGGCUCGCACGCAGGACUGUCUCCCAGUCGUUUGUGGGGCUGGAGCUCAAAGCCUUCUUCUAACCUCCCUCCUCCCCACCCCAGCCCUGCCACCCCACCUCUCCGGGCCUCUCGGAGGGCGUAUUCGCCCAGUAUGCUGGAGUGCGACACUGAGAACAUGAACUCAGAGGAGAUCUUCAGCUCAUUGAGAGGUGUAACCGAAGCCAUCCAGAGCUUCAGUUUCCGCAGUCAGGAAGACAUGCUCGAGCCCAUCAAACGUGACGGCAAGAGGGAAGAUACGACCGGUGUGGAUCCUCGUCUGUCCGCUGGUGUAAUGGAGGGAGGCCGGACAGCGCUGGACAACAAGACUUCAUUAUUAAACACACCGUCCCCUCGAUCGUGGGCUCGCGAAUACAACCCAUACAACUACAGCGACUCCAUCAGCGCCUACGAGAAAGGAGCUCUCGCCGUGUUUGACGACGUGGAGCACAUCCGAGACGAUCAUCCACAGGACUGCGGAGAAAACAAAAUCCUGCAUUCGAAAGGUUUUUCUGCAGGACCCAGGCAGCACCUGGAGAUGAUUGGUGAGCUGCUGAAGGAGCUGUCCAAUCACAGCGAGCGUGUGGAGGAGAGGCGGGCUGCUCUGCUGGAGCUGCUGAAGGUCACGCGUGACGACAGUCUGGCUGUGUGGGAGGAGCAUUUCAAAACCAUGCUGCUGCUGCUGCUGGAGACGCUGGGAGACAGAGACCACACUAUCCGAGCACUGGCGCUGCGCGUCCUGAAGGAGAUCAUGCGCAGCCAACCGGCACGCUUCAAGAACUACGCAGAACUCACCAUCAUGAAAACCCUGGAGGCCCAUAAAGACUGUCACAAAGAGGUGGUGCGGGCCGCAGAAGAAACGGCGUCCACGCUGGCCGGAUCCAUCCACUCGGAGCAGUGCAUCAAAGUCCUGUGUCCCAUCAUCCAGACGGCCGACUAUCCCAUCAACCUCGCCGCUAUUAAAAUGCAGACCAAAGUAAUCGAGCGCAUUCCCCAGGAUUCCCUGAUUCAGCUCCUGCCCGACAUCAUCCCGGGACUCUUACAGGGUUAUGAUAACACAGAGAGCAGCGUACGCAAGGCCAGUGUGUUUUGUUUGGUGGCUAUUUAUUCUGUCAUCGGUGAAGAUCUGAAGCCUCAUCUACAGCUGCUGACUGGCAGCAAGAUGGCAGGGAGCGAGCGCGGGCUCGUGGGAGUCCACCGGUCCCGGUGCAUGCAGGGAAGCGCGGACCGCGGCAGCCGAACGGGUCACCGAGAGCGCACGCGCGCGGAUGGAACGGGCCGCGCCGAGGGGGCUCGCGGUGAUGAGAUGCAGACCUGGAGGUCCGAGAGACCCACCUCUCCAUACUGGCCUGCGUUUAACACGUCUAAUCGGCCUGAUUAA